AUGGACAACCUCACCAUCUUCACAGAAUUCUUCCUCAUGGAUAUCAUAAGCUCCUGGAAGCUCCAGGUUCUGCAAGGUGUGCUGUUCUUAGUAAUUUAUCUGGGUGCACUAACAGGGAAUCUUGUGUUUGUCACUGUCAUUGUGACAGACACAUGUCUGCACUCUCCCAUGUACUUUUUUAUAAGCAAUGUGGUCCUCCUAGACUUUGGAAGCAUCUCAGUUAUUGUUCCCAAAAUAAUAGUGAAUUGCAUGAAAUACAGUAAGACCAUAUCCCUGACAGAGUGUGCUGUGUACAUUGUCUUCUAUAUUCUUUUUGCAGAGGUAGAACUUGCCUUCCUGGUGGUCAUGUCCUGUGACCACUACCUGGAAAUUUGCUACCUUCUUCACUGUGGGCUGAUCAUCUCCUUGAGUCUGUACUCCCAGGCCACAGCUGCCUCUUGGGCCUCUGGUCUGAUCUACUCUGCUAUCCACACAGCUGCUCUGUUCAGGCUUCUCUUCAUCAAGAUCAAUGUGAUCCAGCAAUAUUUCUGUGAUAUUCCUCAAAUCCUGAGGAUAUCAUCAUCAGAUGUGCAGAUUUCAGAAUUUGUAAAUAUUCCUAUAAACAUUUGUCUUGAGUAA